AUGACUAGAGGGUAUGCCUUGUUCGAUAAAGUUACAGCCACUCUCCUAGAUGUCAAGAAACACUAUCAGCAGUUAGGAGGUAUAAUAAGCACCUCUGUUCUCGAGUCCACACUCUUAGACACAGUCCAGUAUGGGGAAGGCAUUCAUUUCAUGGUGGUGAAGCCCAGUAAUCUGGCAGCGUGGGAAAUCAAGCAAGAAGUAGUGCCUGGCUCCUCCUCCCUGUCCAUGUUCUGCCAAAGGAAGGCCAGCUCCACCAAUGAGAAACUUGAUGGUUCCUUCUAUGAGAUCAUGUGGGUGGACUUUGAGAUUGACAAUUUUAUCAACCUGCGGUCAUCGCAGUCCAUCCGCUGGCAGAUAGAGUAUCCCUCCACCGGAGCGUCUGCCGAAGUCAUCUCCACCAUCUACAUCAGCCAGAGAGACGUACAGGGUAUCGUACCCAUCGCUGAGGACACAGAGAUCCUGAACACAGCGAUUCUGACCGGACGGCGCGUUGCCAUCCCGGUCAAGGUUGUUACCGUGGAGCAGGACGGAACGGUGAGAGAGGUUGAUGACCCCGUGACCUGCAUCUCCACAGAUGAGGACGUCCUCAAGGUGUCUUUUGGUUGUGAUGAGGUCUUGGUGAACGGGAAAGAGAAGAAUGGGCAUAUCUCUCUUCAAGUGAACUUUACCUACCUCUAUUUGACCAGCCAAUUAGAGCUCACUGUCUGGGUGCCACGGUUACCGCUCCAGAUUGACGUCUCUGAUGCCGAACUCAGCCAAGUCAAAGGAUGGAGGGUACCCAUCAUCACCAACAAGAGGCCAACACGGGACAGUGAGGAUGAUGAGGAGGAUGAGAGGAAGGGCAGAGGCUGUGCCUUGCAGUAUCAGUACGCUCUGGUACGUGUUCUCACACACUUCGUUGCCGAGCCAGUUGGCCCUGGUGGGGAGCUUGUGCACAUGCUGGGUUCCGAUUGGUCAGCUGACAUCACAGAGAUGGUCCUGGACUUCCUGAAAGUGGAAGAUACAAGCAUUGCCCGACUAAUUGACGGAAGGGUGCUGGUGGGAAGAGACCCGGGCAUCACCAAUAUACAGCUCGGGAAUCCUCAUGGUGUCACUCAACAGUUUGUGUCCACGGUGAUAUCCCCUUUUUCUGACUCUAUUCUGGCUGAGAAGACCAUCACAGUGGUGGAUGAUAAAGUGACCAUCAGUGAUCUGGGAGUUCAGCUGGUGGGCUCUUUGAGUCUCUCACUGCAGGCCAGUUCCACCAACAACAGAGCCUUCUACAUCACAACCACUGCUCAGGACCUGUUGCACACACCCAAACAGGAAGCCAUUAUCAGUGCAUGGAUUCAGUACAGCGAUGGCUCUGUGACUCCUCUUGACAUCUAUGACCCUAAAGAUUUCACUGUAACCAUCACCUCACUGGAUGAGAGUGUGGUCUCCACCUAUCAGGAUCAGUUCCAGCGCUGGCCUGUGGUAGUGGCAGAAGGCGAGGGGCAGGGAGCGCUACUGCGCGUGGAGAUGAUGAUCUCAGAAACCUGCCAGAAAUCCAAGAGAAAGAGCAUUUUGGCGAUGGGGAUCGGAAGCGUACAGGUGAAGUUUGGACAGAACGACCUGGAACAGAGGAGUGGAACUCAGAACAGUCUGGACAACAGCACAAAUGAACAGAAACAUAAGCUUCUAGAAGCGGAUAAAACAAGUGGAGGAGAUAGCUGGAAAUACACAAACACCGCAAUGGAACGAGAAGAGUCGGUCCUAAAGAAGGUCAGCACAACCGCAAAGACUCCGCUAACCAGUCGUUCUGGGGGCAGCAAGCAGGGUGGGGGGCAAAACAACAACCCUGUGGACUAUACCAGUUUCCCAGCGCAGGUGGACCUACCUGGUGGGGCGGACAGCGACUUGACUCAGGCUCCGAGAGGUCUGUCAGACCUGGAAAUUGGCAUGUACGCCCUGCUUGGAGUCUUCUGCCUUGCUAUCCUUGUCUUCCUCAUCAACUGUGUCAGCUUUGCCUUCCGCUACCGCCACAAAGAGCUUCCUGUACUGGAGCAGGGCAACAUGAACCAUGCCCACGACUGGGUGUGGCUAGGUAACGAAGCGGACCUGAUGGAUCAUCACGGCGACCACGGGCCACUGGCACACAACGAUGAGUGCACUACCGCGAUAGAUCGCAACGAAGGAUGCGAGGAGAGCAAGUACCUCCUCAACGGGAGCGGCAUUCAGAAAAGUGGGUCAUCACACGGACGUGGCAUCCCCCAUGUGCACUCUGAUCCACGGUCCUGUUUGGGAAACGACCCCAGUGGAAAAGUCGAGCCCCUUAACAACUCUCCCAGUGCUGCCAAGCGCAAAAGGGUCAAGUUUACUUCCUUUGCCACCGUACUACCAGACGAAGGCGGGCCAUACACCAACUCCAUCCUUAUCGGGAAUGAAGACGACAUCAAGUGGGUCUGUCAGGACAUGGACCUGGGACAGUCAGCCGAGCUCCGGAGCUACAUGGAGAGACUGCAAGACAAUCUGUAGGAGCCAGGAAGAGAACGAAAGAAAGGGAAAGCAAGAUGGCGGACACACAAAAACUCACCAGAAAUGCCUUUGCACUGUGGGGGGAAUGCAGGGAGAUGGGGAGGGAGGAAUUAUUAAAGAAUCGAAAGUGGAUGCAAGCAGGGAGCAGGAAGGAAUAAAAUCCUUUGGGAGUCUCGAGUUAAGUAGGAAAUUCACAAAAAGGGGAAACGGGUGAAGAGAGACUGGCACGUUCGUACUGGCUCCGCCAAGCGGUCCAGGUGGCGCAGAGUGAACAGCUGCCAAUUGGCUAGCACAGGGACAGAACGCCAGUUACCGACAUCCCAAAUAAACAAGCCCAAACAAGAAAGGAAAUAAACUUGACAGCUGUACAGAAAAUCACAGUCCGUGGAAGUCGAUAAACGGGCGUUGUUGUCGCUAAUGUAACAUAGUGUUUUGAUUUAUUUCGAUUCAAAUCAUUGGGACGUAUAUAACAGGUCAUAUUUUUUUAGAUAAUCCCAGGGUUUUUUUUUUUUUUUUUAGAUUCGUAUGUAACUAGACCAAAACAGGCCCUCAAAGCACCUGGCCUGCCCCAGAUCCAGGUGUGUGUUUGUUUUUUACCUCUCAUUUUGUACUGUCUGUCCCUCCUGUGUGAAGUCCAAGAGAGCUGGGGUGCAAGGACGUGUGGGAUUCCCCCUGGCUGGAGUCUGUACCAGCUGUAUCUGCACACACACACUGUUUAAGGAGUCGAAAGACACCAAAACACAACAGUCCUCCCUCUCCAUCUCUCCUCUGGGAGAAAAACACAAGACAUCGAUGAUGAAAAGCAACAUGAGAAUAAAAAGUCUCCUCAUGCACUGUUCAUUUGAUCAAGUGAAUGUGGGGGAAAAAAAGGACUGAGGACUUCUUUUGAGUCCCAUCGGGGGUUGUUCAUUUGCACAAUAAGAACAAUACAGAAAGUGCAUAGAGCGGCCCUCAGCCGAUCUGAGACCGGCCGGUCUGACUGUCCUUACAGCAACUGACAGAUGCGAUGAUGAACAUUGGAUAGACCGUGUAGAAAUACAAGCCCACAAAAUUGAGUUGUGUUUGUUAUAAAACCAUAUGAUUGCUGUGAUAGAAAAAUAUACAAGAGUAGAUAUGGUCUAUUAAUCUCCAGUACGGUAAAUGUAUGAAUGUUUCUCUUUUUAUUGAGGCGAAAUGUACAUCGUUUACCCCCUUUUUACAUGGCCGGAGCACCUGCCCAUGGUUUUUACAUGUCCUAUAGGUUUUAAAGCAACUUUCUAUUUCUGCCUCACUAACCCCAGCAUUUACCCGGCUCCUUGAAUCCUUGUUGUUUAUAUUACUGAAGAGUUGUGGGGAAGGACAGAUGUGGAAACCUUCUAUUUGAAAGCUCAGGUGAAAAUACACUCACAGAUGAACAGUGGUAGAAUUCAAACGUAGGUUGUAAGAAUGCAAUAUUUAUUUGUAAGUGUAAUAUGAGAUAGGAUGUAAAUAAAAUGAUUCAAAAUUUCUUGUGGACACUGCAAAAAGGCUGUUGCCUACAUUUUCACAAUCGACACACAAGAGUCAUGAGGCCGUUUGAGUGUAUCAUAUUUUAUGUUCAAAUCUGAUUUCCCCCGAAGGAACAAAAAAAGAUAGGCUUUAAUAUGUUAAGACAUGUCAUGGGUUCUGUCAGAACAUCAGAUUCCCCAUUUACACAGGGUUCGGUCUUUUCCUUUGAUAUUAUUUCUGUUUGUUUCAAAGGUGUUUGAUUUAGUUAAAUCUGCUUUUUUAAAUAUUUAUUUUUGCCGUUUUAGUUAAAGCUACAUUAGAAGUAGGGUAGAGCAGAU